GUGUCUGCAACUAUUGCAUCUAAUACAGAUGAAAUAUUCUAUGGCAACUUGGGCAAAUGCAACGCACAUGGCAAGAAGGUGCCAUUACACACUUAAGGGGAAGUUUCGUUUCAACAGUGUUCAUGGUUGACGCAAAGUCAGUGGAAAAACAAAACCAGAACUCUUGAAUCCAAGUCCAUAUAAAUUUUCAUUGCAGUCAUUUCUCAUCAUAUAAUUUGGAUAUUCUUACUAAAUCCUUGUUCCUCUUCUUCCAUCACCAACCACAAACACUGUAUCCAAGCACAGAUCAAAAUCUACACGCUCGUCCACGCUGUAAUGGCAGAGAGUGUAGUUUCCUUUGUUUUAGAUCACUUGGCCCAGCUUGCGGCACGCGAAGCUAACUUGCUGUAUGGCGUGGAGGACAGGGUUCAGUCCCUCCAGUACGAACUUCAGAUGAUCAAAGAACUGCUCAGUAGCACAAGGAGCAAGAAGGGAAUGGAACAUACAGUGUUGAACCAAAUCAGAGAUGUGUCCCACUUAGCUCAGGAUGUCAUCGACACAUUCGUGGCCAAAGUUUCCAUUUACAAGAGGAGAACCAUUCUGGGGAGGAUGCUCCUUGGCUUUGGCCAAGCAAAGUUGCUUCGCGAUGUAGCAGAAAAAAUAGACAAGAUCAAAGCCACUCUCAAUGAAAUACGCGACAACAAAAGCAAAUAUGAUGCUUUCAAAGAAACCAAUAAUCAAUCUGCAGCAGAAGAAGAGGAAGAGGAGGAGAAGGAAAGAGCAAAAUCACUGCACAAGCUAAGAAGAUAUGUGGAGGAAGAUGACGUGGUUGGCUUUGUUCAUGACUCCAAGGAUCUCAUCAAGCGACUCCUGGAAGGUGGUUCAAAUCGUAAUGCUGUCUCGACCAUUGGCAUGGGGGGAUUGGGGAAGACCACCCUUGCCCGAAAGGUCUAUAACAGCACCCAGGUGAAGCAACACUUCAAGUGCCGUGCGUGGGUUUAUGUGUCAAACGAGUGCAGAGUUAAGGAGCUUUUGCUUGGCCUUCUUAAGCAUUUGAAGCCAAAUUUUGAACAACAACGCAGAGGAAACAAGAAAGGUAAGAAAGGCACUGGAGACAUUAGUAGCUUGAGUGAGGAGGAGAUGAAGAAACUGGUGCGGGAAUGCUUGGAGAGGGAAAGGUAUCUUGUGGUGGUAGAUGAUCUCUGGAAAAGGAAAGAUUGGGACGAGGUGCAAGAUGCUUUUCCGGACAACAACAGAGGUAGCAGAAUAUUGAUCACUAGUCGUUUGAAAGAAGUGGCCUUUCAUACUGCCCAUGAUGUUCCUCAUUAUCUUCAAUUCCUGAAUGAAGAAGAAAGUUGGGAGUUGUUUCGCAGGAAAGUGUUUAGGGGUGAAGACUACCCUUCUGAUUUGGAGCCUCUGGGAAAGCAGAUGGUUAAAAGUUGUCGUGGUUUGCCACUCUCCAUCAUUGUCUUAGCAGGGUUGCUAGCCAACAAGGAAAAGUCACAUAGAGAAUGGUCUAAAGUGGUGGGUCAUGUGAAUUGGUAUCUUACACGAGAUGAGACUCAAGUGAAGGAUAUAGUUCUCAAACUCAGCUACGACAACUUGCCAAGGAGAUUAAAACCAUGUUUUCUUUAUCUUGGGAUAUUCCUUGAAGAUUGCGAAAUCCCUGUAAGGCCAUUAUUGCAAAAAUGGGUUGCGGAGGGUUUUAUACAAGAUACAGGGAAUAGAGACCCAGAGGACGUUGCAGAAGACUACUUGUACGAGCUCGUUGAUCGUAGUUUGGUCCAAGUAGCGAGAGUGGAUACUAAUGGAGAUGUGAAGGCGAUUCAGGUUCAUGAUCUUCUUCGAGACCUUUGCAUAUCAGAAAGCAAAGAGGACAAAGUUUUUGAAGUUUGCAUAGAUAAUAACAUUCUAAUCCCGACAAAACCUCGCAGGCUGUCCAUUCACAACAGCAUGGGUCACUACAUUUCUUCAAGCAAUAAUGACCAUUCAUGUAUCCGUUCUCUGUUCUUUUUUGGCCCAGAUUACAGUGUUCGUGGGAGGGAGUGGAAAUGGCUUUUGGACAACUUCAAAUUGAUUCGCGUGUUAGAGUUUGUGCCACACAGCUGCGGAAAGAUCCAUUCCGACAUAGGGAACUUUAUUGUUAGGAUUAUAAGGAGGGGUUUCACUGGGGAGAACAAACACCAAUGAGACUUGAGCCUAACCACAUAAGAUAUUGACACCACU